AUGUUGUUUAAAAGACCAUUACAGGCAGUUAGACUUUUACAAAAGGAAAGAGAGGAAAGGGAAACUGAUGAUAAGUUCUCAACUUAAAAAGAAGAUAUCAUUCAGCAGGCACAAGAACUGGAAAGAAGAAAAAAUGAGUUUAAAAAGGAGCAGUAAAACAUGAUUAACUAUGUAAGAGAUCAGAUCUCUGUUAUUACUCAAAACGCUAACAAAAGGAAAAAUGAGGAGGCUAAGUUAGAACAGGAAAAGGCCGCCAUUGAGCAGAAAAAGGCAUAAAUAGUAGAACUAGAAAAAAAGCUUGAAGUUAAAAAGACUAAAUUAGGAGAAAAGAGAGAGGAAUUAGAGAGACACAGGAAAUUCAACAAGUUCCUUGAGGAUGUGGUGAAUGAAAGUGGUGAUAACAAGGAGUUUUAAGAUAUUGAUGACCUUCAAAACAGAUUCAAGAACUUGAAGAGUGAGAAUCAAAAACUCAUGAAAAGAAUUUCAGAAAAAAAUUCAGCUUUAGAGCAAGAUUUCGAAAAUGAGAUCAACAAGAAAAACAAGAAUUCAAAGGAAAUCGGCUAGAUAAUAAACUCCAUCAAUAAUAUCUUCACAAUUUGCAGAGGCCAAUAACAUAAGAGAGGAAAAAUGAAGAACAUUAAAUUAGAUGACGUAAAUGAAUUGACCCCAAACUUGGUUCAAGUUUUGAUUGAAAGACUUGAAAUGUCGAGCGAAGUUAUUGAGGAUCUAGUCGAAGUCUUUAAGAUUAUUGACAAUAACUAUGAUAGAGAUAAGGCAUAUACAGAGGCAUUAUUCAACACCACAGCUGCGAACAAUAAGCAAAAUACUAAUAUGGGUGGAAAUUAGGCAAUCAAUUAAAAAUCAGGGACAAUCCCAAAGAAAGAACAUAACGAUACAACAAACAAAAUAAAUAAAGGAGGCAACAAUACUAAUGCAGCAGGAGAUAUUGGCAAAGCUGGGCACAAAUCAGCAGCAAGUGGAGGAAAUAAAGGCUAAGAUGAAGGUCUUGGCAAGAAAUAGGAUAUAAAUGAAGUCACAGUUUAAUCAGAAGAGGAGACAAAAGCUUCCUUAUAGAAAAAGGUCGGAUAAAUGAAGCAUAUCGAUUAAUAAUAUAGAAAGUUUGAACUUAUGAUGGAUUUUAAAGAGUAGGCUGAAUUGGAGCUAAAAUAACAGUUUUUACAGUAGGGAACUAACUACUUUGUUUCCCCUAGAGGUAAUCAAGAGGAGAAUGGCUUGAAGUUAGUUCACACUCUUGACUAUAAGCGUAUAAAUGACUUUGUUAAAGGGGUUAAAGAAAAUGACUAUUUAUUUUAUGAUGACUAUCCAGAUCUUAAGGAAGUGGUUAUUAUGGGUAGUGCGAAUGUAGGCAAAAGUUCUCUGAUUAAUGCUCUAAAUAAUGGACAUGAAAUAGCAUAUACAGCUAAGACAAGUGGAAAGACUCAAGAGUUGAACUUCUAUCUAGCUUAACACAAGAUAAUGAAAAAGAAAAGAGGGAUAAUAGUGGACACUCCUGGCUAUGGGUUUGUAGUUGCUCCAAUUCACCUCAAGGAAAAAUGGAGGAAAAUGGUGUUUAAAUAUCUGGGGUUCGGUGUAAGGAUCAAUAUGAUAAUGCUUCUGGUAAAUGGGAAAUUUGGCUUAAAAUCUAAUGACAUCAAAACUCUAGAAGAUCUGAAGUAUUUUAAUAAACCUGUCUAAGUCGUUCUUACUAAAAUUGAUUAGAUAAGAGAUAGAACUGAUAUCAUCAAGGUGGUUACUGACACUACUGGUCAAUUAUAGAAAUACAGGAAAUUUGUUUACCCAGAAGUGCAUCUCACAAGUGCAGAUCACAUGUUUGGAAUAAAAGAGGUCAGGGCAAAGAUAGGAAUAGCUUUUGAAGAUGUUUGCAAGAUUCAAUUCAACUCCAAUCCAGUAGAUAUUACUCCCUCUAGAAUUAGAAAAUUUUGA